GCAGCUCUUCAUUAGCUGGCGCUCUCCGGUGACGGACAGAAGGAUGGUUUGGCGCUCAGCGGCGUGUUACGUGGUCACAGUGGUCGUGCCCGCGUGUCACCUUAAUCGCGGGAACUAACACGGCAUCCGCGAGCGGGAUGGGCGAGGAGGCGUGUCCUCACAAGACACCGUCCUCCUGUCCUCUGAGACCCUUCGUCUACGUCCUACUUCCUGUCCUUAUCCUGCUGGGCGGUGUGAUGAUCGUGCUCUCCCUCACAGGUGUGAUUGGCGGCUGUGUCUCCGAUUCCGGCCGCCUUCCCUCCCCUGAGCCCAUCGCUGACAGAGCCCUCUAUUACCAUGGCAACAGCACAAGCCCGCCCCCCUCCCGACUUGCCAACUUAACGAGCUCCCCCCACGACUUCGGUGACCUCAAGCCUGCGACCGCCACCGUCGCCUCACUGCGCUCGUCUCAGGUCCCUCCCACUCAGCCAAUCACAGCGGCCCCUGAUUGGUUGACGUCUGUCACCACACUGAGCAGCACCUGGUUGACGUCGACACCUGAAACAGGUGGUUGUCAGCUGAUGGCGGAGCCUCAGUGUCACAUGUUGGCCUACAAUCAAACAUGGCUGUCCUCCGCCGCCGCCGUGGUGAAGAGCUCAGAGGUGGACAUGUUGCUAAGGUUCUUCAGCUACUUGAGUAGACUGUCUUGCUACAAACACAUCAUGUUGUUUGGCUGCUCGCUGGCACUGCCACAGUGUUUCCAUGACAACAGCACACAUCACAGGGCAGUGGUACUGCCAUGUGCCUCGUUCUGCGAGGCGGCCAGAGAAGGUUGCGAGCCCGUCCUCCAGAUGUUCAAUGCCUCCUGGCCUGACUUCCUGCGCUGCUCACAGUUCAGUGACACGGCCGCGACCACGGCGAGCCCCGCAACCCCCGCCUGCUACACGCCAAAACAGGCUACGGGCAAACCAUCGGCAUGUGGCGGCGAGGACGCCUUCCUGUGCGCAACGGGACUUUGUGUUCCCCAGAAACUGGUGUGUAAUGGCUACAAUGACUGUGACGACUGGAGCGAUGAGACACAUUGCGUCUGUUCAGAUGCGCAGUUUCAGUGCCUGACGGGCCGCUGCCUGCCGCCUACUCUGUUGUGCGACGGCUACGACGACUGCGGCGACCUCAGUGACGAACUUGAUUGUGUGUGCGACGUGUUACGGGAGCAUCAAUGUGGCGACGGCCGCUGCGUGUCCAGGGAUUGGUUGUGCGACGGCGACCACGAUUGUCUUGACAAGAGUGAUGAGCUUAACUGCUCGUGUCGCAGUCAGGGUCUUUGGGAGUGCAGGAACGGUCAGUGCGUCCCGUCUGCUUUCCGCUGCGACGGUGAGGAUGACUGCAAAGACGGCAGCGAUGAAGAGCACUGCAGCCGAGACCAGACUCACGCCGCUUGCAGCCCAGGCCAGCCCGGCUGCACGUCCACUUCCUGUGAAGACAGCAACAACUGCAGUAAGUUCUUGACCAUCUGUCCGAGUGGACGCUCGGUGUGUUUGACUCCUUGCCCUCUUGUCACGUCAGCUGGCUGUGAGCCAAUCAGCUUAGAGCUGUGCAUGAAUCUCCCCUACAACCUGACCCGCUUCCCAAACUUCCUGGGUCACGUGUCCCAGAGGGAGAGCUCCGUGUCCUGGGAGUCGUCGUUGUUUCCUGCCUUGGUCCAAACGGGAUGUUACCAGUACCUCAUGUUCUACGCGUGCACGUUGCUCGUACCAAAGUGUGACCCACUGACCCUGCAGAGGGUCCCGCCUUGCAGGUCUCUUUGUCGCACCGCGAAGGAGAAAUGUGAGUCGGUGCUCGGCAUUGUGGGACUGCAGUGGCCCGACGACUCGGACUGCACGCAGUUUCCCGAAGAGGGCCAAGACUUGGCGUGCCUGCUGCCCGAAGCCGGCGUGGACGAGUGCUCACCGAGUCACUUCAAGUGUCGUUCCGGUCGAUGCGUCCUCGCCAGCAAACGCUGUGACGGCCUCGCUGACUGCGACGACCGCAGCGACGAAGACCACUGCGGUUGCUCUGAGCGCGCUCUGUGGGAGUGUCCCGGAAGUGCCACGUGCAUCAAGACCAGCAUGAUAUGCGAUGGUUUCCCAGACUGCCCCCUGCUGGCUGAUGAGGCAAACUGCUCGUCAUGUGGAGAUAACGAGAUGGCAUGCAACAAUCACGAGUGCGUGCACAGAACUUUGUGGUGCGAUGGAAAGAAACACUGUAGUGACGCCUCAGACGAGUGGAACUGCGUGUCUCUGAGCGAGUCGUCCGGUUCUGUUGUGACCGUGUUGAGGACGGCGGCCCACUAUCACGUAUGCGCUGACGAGUGGAACCCACAGCUCAGCAAACUGACCUGUGACCAGCUGGGACUAGGGGUUCCCGCCUCCGUUUCCAUGGUUACUGACCAUACAGACCUUCUGGGUCGUCGUCGUUGGUUACACGUUCAUCCCGAGUGGAAGGAGAAGAAAGGGUUAGCCCUGCAGGCGCGACUCGAGAAGAGAAGUCACUCGUGUCAUUCGGGGAGGAGAGUUUCACUCGUCUGCAUCAGAGACGAGUGCGGCCUGCGCCCGGCCAUGCUUCCCUACAGGCAGAAGAGGAUUCUGGGUGGCCGCGUGUCACGACAGGGGGCGUGGCCUUGGCAGUGUUCGUUGCAAAGCGGCCAGAGCGGACACGUGUGUGGAUGCGUCCUCAUCGGAAAGAAGUGGGCCUUGACGGUGGCUCACUGUUUUGAAGGGAGGGAGAAGGCCCACCUGUGGAAUGUGGUCCUGGGUCUUAACAACCUGGAUCAUCCGGGCAUGCACAGCCAGAGCCGCGGUGUGCGUGCCAUUACGGUUCACCCACGUUACAACCGCGCCGUAGUGGACUUCGAUAUCAGCGUAGUGGAGUUGGACGCGGAGGUGGAUGAGACGCCGUGGGUCCGGCCGGUGUGUCUGCCUCGUCCCGGGCAGAUUCCCACCCCAGACUCGUACUGCUACAUCACAGGCUGGGGUCACAUGGGCAACAGAAUGCCCUUCAAGCUGCAGGAGGGACAAGUUCGCAUCAUUUCCGUCUCGCAGUGCCAGUCCUACUUUGACAUGAAGACCAUAACUCCCAGGAUGCUUUGUGCCGGCUACGAGGCAGGGACUGUCGACUCCUGCAUGGGGGACAGCGGUGGUCCUCUGGUGUGCGAGGAACAGGCGGUGGGGGCAGCGGGCCGCUGGACGCUUUUUGGCCUGACAUCAUGGGGCAGCGUGUGCUUCAGUAAAGUGCUCGGACCAGGAGUGUACAGCAACGUGAGCCACUUCACGCCCUGGAUCCAGCAGCAGAUCUUCAUGCGGACUUACCUGUCCGACUGACGGGAGGAAGUGAUGUCACACACUGAUGUCCAUACUGUUUCCUCUUCACGCUAGCUGUUAUAAAGUUAACACCUUCUUGUAGCCGCACUGGAAUGAUGAUGAUGAUGAUGAUGAUGAAUGUUCAGUCCAUCAACAUCAUCUGUGUUCUGGUGCAUUGCAAGAUUAACUAGCUUAGCACUGGCUGCGCAUGAGUGGCCAAAAUAAGAGUAGAAGAUCUUACAUCCCUUCCUAAUAGGUUAACUUUGAAUGAUUAUUCCGUGUCCAUUCCUUCCCAUCCACAACAUUCCGAGUGUUCGUUGUUUGGAAUUUGUUUUUCCAAGAGUAUUUUUGUAUCCGUUUUUGGGCGUCACGCUUCUAUGGUACACACGCACGCACACACUUGGCCCUCCUCAGAUGUCACUUCCUGGUUUGUUAUCUUGAAGGUCAAUAUAAGAAAUCAACUGGAAUGUUUUGGCACAACAAUAAAAGUACACACA